UGAUAUUGUCCAGUGAUCGGCAUUGAAUUCUGCCGAGUGUGCUCGUCGAAGACUCAACCGAGAUUUUUGCGAAUCGGGUGUGAGUUGGGGCGUUAAUGGUCCUCAGCUUCGCACGCGCUUUGGACGCCGACUACGGCGAGAGCCACUCCCUCCACGCACUGAAAGCAGAUCGGGGGUGGUGACUGACUGACUGGAAUCGAAGGGAUCGAAUCAGAUUCGUGGCCGAUCGGACGUUUCGCCGCCUUAAGUUGGAGCAUUGGGUUGGUGAUGGAAUCGAAUAGGUUGGAACGAGAGUUGAGUUCGAGGAAAGGUGGUAGGGCGAGUGCAGUCGAGGUAGAGGAGGCUGGUGCGAUGGUGGUGAUGGCGGCGGCAGUUGAGAAGGAGUAUGUGGUCGGAGGAGUGUCACUCUGCAAGGAGCAGUUAGCGGAGCUUAGGGAGAUUUUCUCGCGGUUUGAUAGAGAUCAGGAUGGGAGCAUUACGGAACUAGAGCUCGGUUUGAUGCUGCGGAGCCUGGGGUUGAAGCCGGAGGGGUAUCAGCUGGAUUCGUUGCUGCGGCGGGCGGACACGAACUCGAAUGGGAUGAUUGAGUUUGCGGAAUUUGUCGCGUUAAUGGGACCGGAAUUGGUGAAGACGGUGGCGUACAAUGACAAGGAGCUAUUGACAGUGUUUCGGGCGUUUGAUCGGGAUGGAAAUGGGUUUAUUACGGCAGCAGAGCUUGCUCAUUCGAUGGCGAAGCUCGGGCAGACGUUGUCUGUGAAGGAGCUAUGGACCAUGAUCCGGGAGGCCGAUAUAGACGGCGAUGGGAGAAUUAGUUUUCCUGAAUUUGCCGCAGCCAUGACGACGGCGUCGAGCCUGGACAUUCCUGUUUGAUGGUUUCAUCCGGCCCUUGUACAAUAGACAUCACUCACAUUCAGAAUCCAGUUGCUUAGUUGACAAAGAAUACGGGCAUAUGAGAUUUUGUCAAAUUCAGCGUGCCAGUGCACGGUCCGCCACUUGCUCUGUGUCAUUCCCUACUGAUCAUGUCUCUAUAGGCAGUAGUAUGUCUCAUGUAAUAUCUACUUUGUAUCAUAACCAGAAUUACGCUCAAUUUACAGUAUAUUUCCCUUCAUCAGAAAUAGAUGCCACAGGUUAUGUCCCAGCUAUACGAGAUAACAGUCAACUUUCAUAUUCCAAAUGCUACAAAUCUGAUAUAAUGAACAAAUAGCCCUCAGAAGCCGCUACUACUUGGACACACUUGUACAGGCAUACAUCGGCACAUCUGUACCGUGUUUGAUACUGACGAUCUAGAAACCGCCGGAUGGUUGGUUCUCCUGCUCUGCCACACCUCCCGUAGUGGGUUUUGAUGAACUGAUUCAUUCCAGAGUCUAA